AACCGAACCGAACCGUUGACCCCUAUACUCCGGUCUUCACUGCAGACAAAAAAAAAUCCCAAGUCUUCAUCUUUGAAUAAACUCUCACCUCCACCGUUAAUGGCGGCGCCUCUCCUUUUCUCAGUCAAAAAGAUAAUUCAUUCUCCUUCUCUCUCAAACUACGCGCACACGCCCACUUGAAUUUUAUACCUACACAUCGGCAAAAUCUCUUUCUCUCUCUCCAUAUGUGUACAGGAAGGAGAAAAAAAAUAAAUAAAAAAUGAACCCAACUCUGCAAGUAGUUCUCGCCGCCGCCGCCACUUUCUUCCUCGUCAGCUUAAUACUCGCCUCAAUGAUAGUCAUCUGCAAAGGCGGAUCCAAACGACGCCGUAACGCCCGCUCCGUACUCCCGACCCGGACCCGGACCCGCAACCCGGGUCCACCGAAGCCCAACACCGCCCACUCCUUAUCCAUCGGCGAGAGCGCAACUUUCGACCCGAUCCUGAACCACGUCUCCAUGCAGGAGCUCAUCGACGUGACCCGCAACUUCUCCCCUGACCUAAUCAUCGGCGACGGCAGCUUCGGGCUCGUCUACAAAGCCCGACUCAAUUCCGGCCCGAUCGUCGCCGUCAAGAAGCUCUCCCCCGACGCCUUCCAGGGCCUCCGCGAAUUCCGGGCCGAGAUGGAAACCCUCGGCAAGAUCCAGAACCCGAACAUAGUCAAGAUUCUCGGGUACUGCGCAACGGGCCGGGAUCGGGUCCUCAUCUACGAGUUCGUCGAGAAGGGCAGCCUCGACCAAUGGCUGUACGACACGUCAUGCUCCUCCGACGAGAGCCCCGAUGACGUGGAAUUCAGGCCGCCCUUGUCUUGGUCCACCAGGAUGAAAAUCAUUACAGGCGUGGCCAAAGGUCUCGCCUUUAUGCACAAUCUCGAAACCCCGAUAAUCCACAGAGACAUCAAAGCCAGCAACAUUUUGUUAGACGACGAUUUCGAGGCCCACAUUGCCGAUUUCGGGCUGGCCCGAAGAAUCGAGGGUGCCCACUCGCACGUGUCGACGCAGGUGGCGGGUACUAUGGGGUACAUGCCGCCGGAGUAUCUCCACGGCGCCACCAUGGCGACCGUGGUCGGAGAUGUCUACAGCUUCGGGGUGUUGACUUUGGAGAUACUCGCGGGACGGAGGCCGAGUUUUCCGUUCUCCGGCGACGAUGGGCGGGAAGUUAGGUUGGUCGAGUGGGUUGGUCGAAUGGUGGGGCAGAAUCGGUAUUUGGAAAUGGUGGAUGCUAGUAUAUCAAAGGAUGGUCUUGACGGAAGAAUUGUUGAGGAGAUUUUUAGGCUUGGUUUGAAAUGCGCCGACGAGAAGUGGAAAGUUAGGCCGACUAUGAACGAAGUUGUCGAGGAGUUGGAUAGGAUUUUGGCGUGAGUUUUUCUUUCCGGUUUAUAGGUUUGGCGAAAUGUAUCGUGUAUAUUGAUUGAUUGAUUGCAAUACUUGUAUAAAGACGACGCCUUUAGUUGUUGUAUCGUAAUUUAUUGUGCAUUGGUGAUGUUUUUUGAAGAUGUAAAUACAUGUUAUCGAGUAUGAAGAUAAGGUAAUUUCAAGAAUAUAUUUUGUUCGAUUUUUAUA